UGGUACCACCUUCUCUCCCUCCAGAAACAAUCCUGGUUGUCUUGGGAGGUUCCAUCGAAUGCUUGCUUUUCUCACUGACAGCAGGUGCUUUGUUGAAAUUGCCUUUUGCAAUGCACUCCCAAGGAUUCCGCGAGGCGCCUGCUUCCUCCACGGAGGCCUACUUGCCAAUUGCCAGCUACUUUUCCUUCUCCAGGGCAGAAAACACAGAAAGGCUCCAGUUGUCUAAAGGGAAACUGAGGAGUGACUCUUUACAUCUGAGAGGAAUCCAGCUAGAUGUUCCUCCCAAAAUCGAGGCUUUGAAUGCAUUCACCCACCCAGAAACUAUUCAGAAAUCCCAGAGGAAAAAGAAAAUACCGAUGAAGACACGCCAAACCCCAAAGAAUACUUUGGUCUUGGAACUGGAGGAAACUUUAGCUGUGUCUUCCUUGACAGCUCACUGGGAAGAUGCCUCCACAUUCACCGUGCAUUUCCAAGGCCGGCACUAUAAGGUUUCCGUGAAGUUGAGGCCCCACCUUGAAGAGUUCCUGGAAGAACUUGCCAGAAUCUAUGAGGUCUUCAUUUUCACAGCUGCCAAGCAGGACUAUGCUGACAAAAUCCUGAAGGCUUUUGGACCCCAGAGGAAGUUGAUCAGGCAUCAGCUUUAUCAAGAAGAUUGCUUGUGUAGCCAGGGCUGUUACAUAAAGGAUCUUUCUGUACUGGAGAGAGACCUGGCCAGGACGGUGGCUGUAGCAAAUUGCUUGGAAGCAUUUCCUUACCAGACUUCCAACGUGAUAUUGAUCCCAAAGUGGCUGGGAAGUCCGCGGGACAAGGAAUUGCUGCGCCUGAUUCCAGUGCUGAAACGUCUUAGCCAGGUGGAUAAUAUCUGCGCUGAAAUAGAGAGGAAACCUCAUGGGAAGCCAACAGAGGAGGCCUGAUAUUCUCUUCUGGCACAACUGCCCUCCGUUCCUGUACCAAGUUUGGUUUGAGUGCAAUCAAAAGCCCUCGAAGUAAAACAGGGUCUUGGAGAGAGAUCUUUGAGCCUGUGGUCUGGUGCAUUUUUUUGCUUUCAUUGACCUGAUUUUGGUGGGGAUGAUAAGACUGGGAAGUUCAGCAACUUCGUCCGAUUUGUCAUGAUCUUAGGGGAGGGGCAGGAAAGCAGGUCUUACAGAAUGUGGUUGCUUGGGGACUGGGAAGAAAUGGUGGUUCCAGCUUCAUUCUAGGAGGGGCGAUAAUAUGCAUUUCCCCCACCCCACCUCAUUUAAGUGACUUGCAUGUGUUUGUAGGGAAGAGGGCCUUCUUACAUAUAACCAGACUUAGUAUGGGGAAUCUUUUUUGCCCUUGGCUUGUCCAAAGGGCACCUUAAUGUGAAUUUCCGAUGUAAAAGACUGCAGAGAAUUUUUUUUGAACUAUAUCAUGUUCUUUUGUAAUUGCAAAAAUGAUUUUAAGCAAAAAAUAAAAUUUUAUUUUUGUGUCUCCUGCUUGCUUCCCAAAA